AGGUCUCUGUCCGGUCCUGUGCUCCGGGCACGGCCAAUAUGGAGGCGGCCUCUGCCACUGCGAGCAGGGGUGGAAAGGACCGGAGUGCGAGAUUCCAGAAACCGACUGUAGAGUAGCCGAUUGCUCGGGUCACGGUCAGUGUGUGAGAGGAUCCUGCCAUUGCAAGCCUGGAUGGAAAGGAGAAGGCUGUGAAGAUCCGGACUGCGAAGAUCCGACUUGUUCAGAGCACGGAGCAUGUGUUCAUGGUCAAUGUUAUUGCAAGGCUGGUUGGAAGGGAGCACAUUGCAACAAAAUAGAUGAACAAGUACACAAGUGUUUGCCGACAUGUUCAGAACACGGAGUAUAUGACUUGGAAGCUGCCAAGUGCGUGUGUAACAGGCACUGGACAGGACCGGAGUGUUCUCAAGCGCUGUGUAAUUUGGACUGCGGCCCGCACGGUCAGUGUGACACCGGGAAAUGUCGCUGCGAGCCCGGCUGGACGGGAUCCCGCUGUGAACAACUACCCUGUGACGUGAGGUGUCAAGAGCACGGUCAGUGCCGCAACGGGACUUGCGUGUGUUCUCAAGGAUGGAACGGACGGCACUGUACUCUACCCGGUUGUGAGAAUGGUUGUUCUGGUCAUGGUCAGUGUACUCUUGAAGAAGGCCUCUACAAGUGUGUUUGCAUUCAGGGAUGGGCUGGAUCUGAUUGCAGUAUAUCCUUGGAACAGGACUGUCAGGAUGAUUUAGACAACGAUAAUGACGGAAUGAUCGAUUGUUCCGACAGUGAAUGUUGUUCCCACCCCAGUUGCUCCGACCAUAUAAUGUGUAUCUCUAGCAACGAUCCUGUAGAAGUCCUGCUGAGGAAGCAGCCUCCUUCAGUCACGGCUUCCUUCUAUCAACGGGUCAAAUUCCUGAUCGAGGAAAAUUCAGUACAAUCCUACGCACACAUGGAUGAGUAUACGGAGAGCGAGUUCUGGAACUCCUUUACACCGCGCCGAGUUGCAGUUAUGAGAGGUCAAGUGGUAACACCGCAGGGACUGGGAAUUGUUGGCAUCAGAGUCUCCGUUGAUAAGGAAUCAAGGUUUGGUUUCACUCUCACAAGGCAAGGUGGAUGGUUUGAUGUAUUAGUUAAUGGUGGUGGAGCAGUCACAUUGCAGUUCCAAAGAUCACCCUUCAAACCGAUGACAAUAACUGUUUUUGUACCAUGGAAUCAAAUUAUAGUACUUCCUCCUGUGCAUAUGCAGCUCAGCGAUGAUGCAGACGUUGGUCAUGUCAAAACAAGCUUUUUGGCCAUGAAUCCGGCUCUGAACUUCCCCGGCGUAUCCCGGAGCUUCUUCGGCCCCGAUGGGGGGCUCCCCAACACAUGUGACGACCACGACCCCGACAUCCUCAACCCCAUCAUAACGGGAACAUGGCUGCCGGAAGCUGUGGGCGGCAUGCAGGGAAAGAGCGUCGUCUUCGCAGAGACGCAAAUCGUGCAGGAGUCGAUAGCGAUUCCAGGGUCGGACUUGCACAUUCUGUAUCAGAGUUCGCAGGCAACGGGGUAUCUGAGUACUAUUUAUAUGAAGCUGACGGGGCCUACGAUUCCUGAGAGUUUAACUCAUGUUUAUAUCAGGGUGGAAGUGGAAGGUUCUCUGCACACGAAAACAUAUGAAGCUGAUCCUAACCUGACCCAUACUUUUGCCUGGAGUAAGCGGAAUAUUUACAAACAGAAAGUCUACGGUAUCGUUCAAGCGAAAGUCUCGAUCGGUUACCAACACAGCACCUGCUUGGAGCCUGUUUGGGAGACGCAAACGACUGACAUCAAAGGAUUCGAUGUCGACAUAUCGGAUAUUGGAGGCUGGGGAUUGGAUAUUCACCACCAUUACAACUUUCACGAAGGUAUUUUACAAAAAGGCGACGGCUCGACUCUGCAUUUCAAACAAUACCCCCGCAUGGUGCGGGUCAUCAUGGGAACCGGCCUCCAGAGAUCGCUGAAUUGCCCGGGACAAUGCGGCGGGCCUGCCAAAGACGCGAAGUUGUUAACACCGGGAUCGUUGGCCACGGGACCCGAUGGCAGCAUUUACGUGGGCGAUUUCAAUUUGGUUCGCCGAAUCACACCCGAGGGAAAUGUUUAUACUGUACUGCAAUUAAGGGCUACUCAAGUAGCCUACCAGUACUAUUUGACCAUGUCUCCUGCUGAUGGACAUCUCUACAUCUCAGAUCCAGAAAAACACCAAAUUCUCAGGGUGCUUUCCUUAGAACCAGUCCAAGAUCCCAAUAUCAACAGUGAACCGGUAGUAGGAAACGGCGAACGCUGCAUCCCCGGAGACGACAGUGCCUGCGGGGACGAGGGUCCUGCUAAAUACGCCCGUUUGGCCCAUCCCAAAGGACUUGCCAUAUCAGUCGACGGCACCAUGUACAUCGCCGACGGAACAAACAUAAGGGCGGUGGACACGAAGGGCAUCAUCCACACGCUGAUCGGCAAUCACGGACAUCACAAUCACUGGAUACCCAUUCCUUGCAGAGGGGCCAUCGAGGCCGCCCAGGCGCAACUUCAAUGGCCGACAGGUCUAGCCUUGAGUCCUUUGGACGGUUCCCUUCAUUUCGUGGACGACAGAUUAAUCUUGAAGUUAACGGCAGAUCUGAAAAUCAAAGUGGUAGCGGGAACGCCUCUACAUUGCCACAGGGAAGACAACAGCACAAACAACGACGAUAUACUGGGUACUGUUCUGGCGUUGACCUUCGCUUCCAAUGGUGAUCUAUACAUCGCUGAAUCUGAUUCUCACAGUGUUUACUAUGUUAGAACUAUAGAUACAUCUGGUAA